UCUUAUUUGAUUCACUCUCUUCUUUUCUGUCAAAAACUCCUCGUUCCGCAGGAAGAGGAGAAGAAAACAUUACGAUUCCUACGACCGUUUCGCUAUCUACAACUCCCCAAAGAACCUCCGGUUCUCAGUAUUCCGGCAGGUUCUCUUCUGGCUGCCGGAAUUCUGACGGAGAUGGUCUCUAGAAACAACCGUUGUAUUCAAUUCUGACGGAGAUGGUCGAACGUAGGCUGGCGCCAUGAUGAUGAAGAAGUCAACAAAGAAGGCGUUGCUGGAAUUUAGAUGCAAGCUAGAAGAUGCAAUCCUUGGUAAUUAUCUUUUGGAGGACCCCGACGGCGAUGCCUCCACGGGUAAAAGCUCAGGGCCGGAGAAGGAGCUCACAAUUGCCGAUGUCUUAAACUUCGGGAACCCCUCACCGGAAGAGAGCCUCAGAGACAUUACACUCUGGGGGGUACCGCUGUUACCCAGCAAAGGCCAUGCCGGCACCGACGUUAUCCUCCUCAAGUUCUUGAAAGCACGAGACUUCAAGGUUAAGGAGGCAUUUGAGAUGCUCCAGAGGACGUUGAUAUGGCGCAAGGAAUUCAAGACCGAAGGAGUUCUGGAGGAAAACUUGGGCUCCGAUCUCAAUCAGGACUCAUGCACAGGUAGUACUAGUAGUAGUAGUAGUAGUACAGAGAAGGAGGGAAGCCUCGUGUGCUACAAUAUUUGCGGGAUAUUCAAUGACAAGGAGUUGUAUGAAAAGGCUUUUGGGUCGGAAGAAAAAUCCGAGGAGUUCUUGAGGAGGAUACUUCACUCCAUGGAGAAUAAGGGUGCCCAGAAGCUGAGUUUUAAGGAUGGAGGUGUUGAUUCUUCUAUGCUUCAUGUUACAGACAUGAAGAGCUCAGGAGGGUUGGCCAAGAAGGAAUUCUGUUCCUCUUGCAAGAAAGCCUUAUUGCUGUUCCAAGAAAAUUACCCUGAAAUCAUUUUCAGAAGUGUUUUCGUAAAUGUUCCUUUCUGGUAUUAUGCUUACCACAAGCUACUUUUCCGGUAUCGUGUAGCCAAAAAAACAAGAGGCAAGAAUCUACAAGCUCGGUGCCCUAGAGUUGCAAAGACCCUUCUCAAGUUAAUGGACGCAGAAAACAUCCCAGUUCACUACGGUGGCCUCCAAAGAGAUGAUGAUGACGAAUUUUCGCCUGAAGAUGGAGUUUCAGAGCUGAUUGUCAAAUCAGGUGCAGUAGAGAGCAUCCAAAUCCCGGCUGAGGCUGGGGUUACACUGGUGUGGGACUUAAUGGUCGUGGGGUGGGAUGUGACUUACAAGGAAGAGUUCAUUCCACAUGACGAAUGCUCAUACAGAGUUCUGAUUAGGCAGACAAAGAAACUGGAAGAGAGUGUUCGGAAUUCAUUUUAUAUUAGUGAACCAGGAAAAAUACUGUUGACGAUUGACAACGACACCUUCAGGAAGAAGAGAGUUCUUUAUCGGUUUAAAAGCAAACCUACCAUCAUUUGAAACAUCCGAGUUUUAUUCCAAGGAACUGCCAUGGCAAAAAGGAUGGUUAAAUUCUAUCAUCAUUGGAUAGAGAAUAUAGAUCAAACAUUUGAAUUUUCUAUUAUUACAUGUAAAUUAACUAUUUUUUCUUUUUUUUUUCAAUUUAAGUAGUAUUGACAGUGGCAUGGCUAAUUUAUUUGCAGCUUUUGCCAUCUCUUGUGAGAGUAGGAAUGAGUCUUUGAUGGAGGAUGCCUCUCUUUGUAAUAUUUCUCUUUGUUUUUGAAAGACCGUGAUCCAUUGUUAAUGUAUUAG